AUGAAGCUUCCCAGGCUACCACAAACAAUAGAUGCUCUCUUUCUGUGUAGAGUAGCCCCACUCAAAAUCCUGACUGAUUUCAAAAACAUCCCUGUCAGUCUCGUCAAGACUCCUCUUCCUCUGCCACCAAGCCUGCGGGACCAAUAUCUGUUUUUCCUUUAGAAUCCCAUCUAGUUCGGACAGUUGCAUUUGGGAUAUUUCUUUCUACCUGGCUUAUUAGGUAUCAAACAUGUCACUGGCUUUGUUUGUGAUGUUGGUUCCCCUUGGUUUCUCACUUGGGAGAACAUUUGUUCUGCAGCCCUCUGAGAAGGACUUUCCUUGCAUCUCCGAAACUCAUGCUGUUACGACUAACAAGUGGCACGGACAGUCACUACAAAGCAUAAAGAAGACCAUCCUUGGUGGUCUAAACCUGCAGAUGGAGCCCCAACUGCCUUCUGGUGGACUGACUGGCAUCCGAGAGCAGUGGAAGGCUGUUUUCAGCACCAUCUCCCAUACCCCCCAGGAAAGAGCAGUGCCUGGGGUUGACUCUCAGGGCCCCACGGCUGUCAACAUCACAGAACAGAAGUGCUGUCAGAAAGCUUCCCAGAUUUUCCUGAAAGAUCUUGGCUGGGAAAACUGGGUCAUUUAUCCAGAGAGCUUCACUUUCAUCCAGUGUGUCCCCUGCAACCUCCAACUGAACCUGAGCAACACCCAUUCCCCAGCACACUCUCUGAACACUCGUAACACCCCCUUGCCGAUGUCAUGCUGCCAGCCGACCUCACAGAAACUGUUGCCUUUCCUGUACAUGGAUGAACAGCGAUCCCUGGUCAUAUCCUCUGUUCAGAUGACCAGUUUGUGUGGCUGCGGCCCAGGAAACCAGCCUUUCCCCAGUAAGGACUGAGCCCCAAGCACCCACCUGCUAGAAAGAUUUUUGGUCAAAAAUGUAUGCCCUUAAAGUAAGACUGCUGCUGGUAUCAUUAAGCCUGAUUGGCAUGGGGUCUCAUCCUUCCAAAAUACCUUGUGACUGAAAACACAUAAAUUAUUUAUUACAAUCCCAACAAAUAUAAUUUAGAGAUAAACUUUUAAACAUUGUAAAUCUGUAGAGACAUUUCCUAAAACAGUGUAAGAGCCAAAUUCAAGUUUCUUUCUACUUCCUGGAAUGUGAUUGCAGAAACAGUGGGAGCUAUUAAUAAAGUUUGACAGUUAAUAGAUAAAUGUUAGUCUUGGCUUAAUCUGAUAUGCAUUCUGAACUAUUUUAAAUAGCAAUGUUUCCUUCUGCAUGACUGGCAACUGGCAGUGGAUUAAAGACAAGCUUCUGAGUGUUCUCCCCAAAAAUGUGAACCCUGGCUUAACAUUCAGAGGCCAGAACUCUCUCAACUCUCUCUGAGCGGUGUUACCAACACUGAAGCUUUUAAUACAUUUAGAAGGAAAUGGUUGAUUGUAGUGCACCUUAAGUACAUCUCCUUUUUCCAGUAUUUUUAAACAUGGGAUAUUCAAUAUAACAACCAC